GUAUCCAGAGAUAAAAACCUUGAUGAAACCUGAUCCCAACUUGAUAUGGAUUAUAAUUAUGAUGGUUCUUACCCAGUUGGUUGCCUUUUAUUUAGUAAAGGACUUGGACUGGAAAUGGGUCAUAUUUUGGGCAUAUGCUUUUGGCAGCUGCAUUAACCACUCCAUGACUCUGGCUAUCCAUGAAGUUUCCCACAACAGUGCCUUUGGCCACUGCAGAGCUAUGUGGAAUCGUUGGUUUGGAAUAUUUGCUAAUCUUCCUAUUGGUGUUCCAUAUUCAGUUUCCUUUAAGAGAUAUCACAUGGACCAUCAUCGAUACCUUGGUAGUGAUGGCAUCGAUGUGGAUAUUCCAACUAAUUUUGAAGGCUGGUUCUUCUGUACCGCUUUCAGAAAGUUUCUGUGGGUUAUUCUCCAGCCUCUCUUUUAUGCUUUUCGACCUCUGUUCAUCAACCCCAAGCCAAUUUCUAACCUGGAAAUUAUCAAUACAGUGAUCCAGAUCACUUUUGACAUUAUAGUUUACUAUGUUUGGGGGAUUAAAUCCUUAGUAUACAUGUUAUCAGCAUCUUUACUUGGGCUGGGUUUGCACCCGAUUUCUGGACAUUUUAUAGCUGAACAUUACAUGUUCUUAAAGGGAUAUGAAACUUACUCAUACUAUGGGCCUCUGAAUUUACUUACCUUCAAUGUGGGUUACCAUAACGAACACCAUGACUUCCCUAACAUUCCUGGAAAAAGCCUUCCACUGGUGAGGAAAAUAGCUGCCGAGUACUAUGACAACCUGCCCCACUACAAUUCCUGGAUUAGAGUACUGUAUGACUUUGUGAUGGAUGACACAUUAAGUCCUUACUCGAGGAUGAAGAGGCCCCCAAAGGGGAAGAUGGAACUGGAGUAAAUGUCAUUAUAACCAAAGGAAUUUGUCAUUAUCAGACCAAGACCAAGUGAUGUUUAGAAGCCACGUGGCACAGUUACUCAAAAAGUGAAGCUAACCUGGCUUGUAACAGCUUGUUUGUGCAGUGUUGAGCUUUACUGACAGGAAACUUAUUGGUUGUAUUGUCAUUGUUGAGGAUGUUUUCACUCAUGUCUGACAUUUUGUAUGUAUUUUAUUAAAAAAAGCUUUUAAAAAGUGAUUUAUUGUAUAUUAUUUUCACUAUAAAGUUUUGCUUUAUUAUAAUAGCUAAUAAACUGAGCUAUUAAUCAUAAUCUUUUGCUGCAAUCUGAAUUAUGCAUUUUAAUUUUUACUGUUGUGUGAAGGGUCUAAAUUAGACAAUGCUGAAUCCUUGAUAGCCUUAUUCAUAAAUAAAGUACUUUUAAUUUAAUCAUGUGCAGCACUCAACUUUCUCUUUUAGAUGCAUUAAAUCUCAAGUUAGAAGUGCUCAUCCCAUAUAUUAUUUCAUUACAAUGGAAGCUGGGGGUGGCCUGAUGAUAGUUGACACCCAAGUCACCAGAACCAUGGCCUCUUGGACCGGUUGACCUGGUUACCUGAAACUUGUCACUUGAGUAAAUUUUGUUAUAUGAUGAGUGUUUUAAAAAAUGUAA